UUUUGAAAUAAAAUCUCAUUUAUAAAAAUUCUCAAAAGGUGUUUUUGCAGAUUUUACCAUAUCGCAGUUCGUGAGAAGAAAAUAAAUAAAAAGUAAAAAGGACAUUUUCACAAUUGCUCAUUACAUUGAUGGCCACUUGGCCUUAAAACCUAACGAUCCAUUCUCUCAAGUCCGCACAGGCAUAUAAAUAUCGAGAGAGUUGAUUUUCUGGUCGAGCUGCAUUCCCAAUUUCCUGCCUCUGCAGCUGACAGAUCUUCAACAAUGGCGGCCUUGAAUCGCAUAUUGAACCCUUCGACGUCGUCCUUUUCCGUCCCGCGGCUAUGGAGGGCGUUAUCUUCAGUUGCCGUAUCCGAAUCUCUCUCGUCCUCGUCCAAGCCCUUCUCUCCGCGCCGAGAUCCCAAGGACAGAAACGUUCAGUGGGUGUUCCUCGGCUGUCCCGGAGUCGGCAAGGGCACCUACGCCAGCCGCCUCUCCACACUCCUCGGCGUCCCUCACAUCGCCACAGGGGAUCUUGUUCGCCAGGAGCUCUCUUCCUCUGGCCCCCUCUCUGAACAGCUUGCAGAGAUUGUAAACCAAGGGAAAUUGGUUUCAGAUGAAAUCAUAAUAAGCCUAUUAUCUAGGAGACUUGAGAAUGGAGAAGCUAAAGAUGAAUCAGGAUUUAUUCUUGAUGGCUUUCCUCGGACAAUAAGACAAGCAGAAAUAUUGGAAGACGUGACUGAUAUUGACCUGGUGGUUAAUCUUAAACUUCCGGAAGAUGUAUUGAUUGAGAAAUGCCUGGGAAGGAGAAUUUGCAGUGAAUGUGGAGGCAAUUUCAAUGUUGCAUCCAUUAACUUCAAGGGUGAGAAUGGAAGUCCUGGGAUUAGCAUGGCUCCACUUCUCCCUCCUUCACAUUGUAUGUCAAAGCUUAUCACUCGGUCUGAUGAUAUUGAAGCAGUCGUGAAGGAACGAUUGCGGGUAUACAAUGAAAAGAGUCAGCCCGUGGAGGAGUUCUACUGCGGUCGAGGAAAACUGAUGGAAUUUGAUCUACCUGGAGGGAUCCCAGAGUCCUGGCCAAAGUUGCUACAAGCUCUUGAUCUUGACGAGCCAGAGGACCAGAAAUCUGCCACAGCAUGAGUUUCACGGCAGUAGUUUAGAUUUUCAAACUGAGUUCUAUCAUAUUUUUUGCAUGUCUAAGUUGCAUGCCCAGCAAUUUUGCAGGAAGAAAUAAAAACCUGAAAUCUGCACAGCUAUUUAAUCAUGGCAGCGGCAGCAGCCUAGAUGAGCUUUGAUUUUUUGUAUUUCAUGUAUCGUAGUGAUUUAUUUGAGUAUUGAAGCCUAAUAUUAUUUGGCUGAUGGAGGGUGUUGGCAUAAGUAGCCUUUCAUGGGAGCGUUGUUUCAGUAGCAGGUCUACCACAAUACAAUUGUGCUUUACCUUGGUGGUUGGAACUAAUCAAAACUGUAUGUUUCCACGAAUUCUCCAAACCAAAGUUCUACUUACUCUUCUAAUUUGAAUAAUUUGACCUCGGUUUUCUGUA